AUGUCCUCCUGCAAGACCCCCGUCCUAACUGAUAAGGCCCCCAAGCCGCUGCCCGGCAUCUACAGCCAAGCUAUCAUUGCCAAUGGCAUGGUCUUCUGCUCAGGUGCCGUCCCAAUGGACCCGGCUACGAUGAAAAUCAUCGACGGCGAUGUGCAGGCUCACACGCACCAAUGCAUCAAGAACCUUACCGCAGUCCUCGAAGGAGCCGGGACGACCAUUGACAAGGUUGUGAAAGUGAACGUCUUCCUCUCAGACAUGGACGACUUUGCCGCCAUGAACGAGAUCUACUGCCAGUACUGGGGCGAUAUCAAGCCCUCCAGAACCUGCGUCGCGGUCAAGACUUUGCCCCUGAAUGUGGAUGUUGAGAUUGAAUGCAUAGCAGUCUUGUAA